AUGGACAGUGACAGAUUAUCAGAAUUAUAUCAAAUGUUUCAACAUGCAAAGAGACAAGAAAAAAUAUCAAAGAAUGUAAUUAAAGGAAAGAGAAUAUUAGCAAAGAGAUUAAAUAUUGCAAGAGGUAGACCAUUCUAUCCAGCAAGAAUUCAUAGAAAGGCUGCAUCACAACCAUUGGUCGUUAGAAACACUGCAUUCAAUGCGUUGAACAAUGGUGAUAUCAGUGGCUACGAUAUCAUUGUUAAGAUGGCAGACGUAAAGAAACGUGACGAAGGCGCUAAAAUGAGAGUAUUCAUGCAAAACAUCAUGAAGCAAUAUGGUAUGGAGGCAUUCCAAAAUGCUUUACUUCAAAAUGGUGUCGAUGAAAACUACAAUGAAGAUGAAGAUGAAGAUUUUGAACCACCUUCUGAUGAAGAUGAAGAUGAUAGUCAAGAUGAAGAAGAAGAAGAAUCUGGGUCUGAAGAAGAAGAGGAAGAGGAACAACAAAAACAACAAACAAAUGGAUUUUUGGUAGAAGAAGAGGAAUUUGACGAGGUAGAUGAUGAUGACCAAGAUAGCGACGAGUUUGAUAGUGAUGACGAAGAUUUAGACCAAACUGAUGAAUUUUAA